AUGAAACAAAAGGCUCGCUACUAUUCUGGCAAAAAGGACUCGGCCAUUGAGAAGCAAAGCGCUAAGGCCGAGGUUGAGGCAAUAUGUCCCAUUUGCCAGGAGUCCAUCGGCACCCGCAACGCCGAGGGCAUCGUCGAAGGUUGGAGCAUACUUCCCUGUGGUCACAGGUUUGGCAGCUACUGCAUCAAACACUAUCUCAACGUCGUGGCCGAGGACCGCCCAUCGUGCCCCGUCUGCCGCCAAAUCGCCUACCACAUUUGCGGACACCCUGUCCUGCCCGCCCUGCUGAGACCGAAUAGCUCCGAGGGCGAAAGGAUUGUUGAGGUGUCCGAGCUACUCAUUCAGGAACUACAGUCUUCUGAUUGUGCAUACUGCCAGCUUGGGAGAGCAAGUCGGAGAAGAAGCAGGAAACCUGCGUCGAAAUGGAAGGCGGCAGUCGGAUUGCUGCGAUACUUAAAGCUGCGUCCAAGCCAGCUGCUUGGUAGGCAUCGUGCCCUUGCCGGGCCCCAGACACAGCAAGGGCCAUGGAUCGAUCCGUUCCCCAAACCCAGGGAUCCUGAGUGGGAGAGAUGGUGGGUUACCCAAGAACCCAGCGGGGCAUAG